AUGGUAUCGAUAUCGCCGCUAAAUUAUACGAGCGUGCAUAAAUCCCUUAAAGCUGCUAAAGACAACCUACCCUAUGAUAUUGAUGACGUCUCCUCCCAACUCGGUAUGUCAACAUGGACAAAGGAAUAUAAAAGUGGCUCCCCCAAUCGUAUGAAAGAAAAUCUACCAAUAGGAAUAGAUGGGAGCAGUAGUAGUUCUCUUCUACUCCAUCAAACAGCAUCAUCAUUACCACCAAAUCCAUUUGAUUUAGAGGAAAAAGAAAAUUUGUUGAAAGCAGUUAUACUGGCACAUUCUGAUAACAGCCAAUUUCGGCUAAUAAAUGUGAAGAAACCAUGUCAAGGGCCAAUUGAUGAAGAGCAAUUAAAGCCUUCAUCUCAACAUCGGGUACACAUAACGUUGCAUGCAGUAGUAGUAAGCCUACGAAAACAUCCUUCAAAUUAUCAUUCGACGACGAGCCCAACACUCGGAUUCUUCGUUGUAAAUUAA